AUUCCGCGCUUGAGGCGUCGACUAUUUUGACGUGUUUCGCGUCGCUUUCGUGUUUGUGACGGAUCGUUGUUUGUCUAUGGGAGUGCUCAUUCGAAUCGAAUUUGUGGGAAAACAUUUCAUGUCCAUUGAAACUGGAUUUAUUAAAACGUUUCUCGUAUGACAGUGAAUAAAAUAAUCGUUUGAAUAUGGCGUUGGAAGGUGUUAAAAGUGAAAAAAGUGAGGAAAACAACGGGAAUGUACAGGAUGGAAAGGCGAACGGGAUCGACAACAAAAGUAAACAGAUAGACCCAAACACAGCGUUCCUGCGAGCGGCGCGCGCCGGCCAACUAGACACUGUUGUGGACCUGCUAGACUCCAGCGCAGUGAAAGACAUAAACACAUGCAACUCGAACGGGCUGAACGCCUUGCAUCUCGCUGCUAAGGAUGGACACAUACCAGUCGUAGAAGAACUCCUCAAGCGCGGCGCUGUAGUCGACGCUGCUACAAAAAAAGGCAAUACUGCACUCCACAUAGCAUGUCUCGCGGGGCAGGAGGCAGUGGCGCGCGCCUUGCUCGCAGCAGGCGCGAAGGCCGACGCACAAUCGGCUGCCGGCUUCACACCCCUCUAUAUGGCAGCCCAGGAAAAUCAUGCGGGCUGCGUCAAAAUGCUCCUGGCAGCCGGUGCUAGUCAGACACUCGCCACAGAGGAUGGCUUCACUCCACUCGCGGUUGCAAUGCAGCAAGGACAUGACCGAGUGGUCGCGGAGCUACUGGAGUCAGACACUCGAGGCAAAGUUCGUUUGCCGGCGUUACACAUCGCCGCCAAAAAGAACGAUGUCAAAGCAGCGACAUUACUUUUAGAGAAUGAGCACAAUCCAGACGCAUGUUCGAAGUCGGGCUUCACUCCACUCCACAUAGCGGCGCACUAUGGGAACGUUGGUGUGGCCAAAGCUUUACUAGCGGCGGGUGCCGACAGUGGACGAGCAGCCAAACACAACAUCACACCGUUACACGUGGCCAGCAAGUGGGGGCAGCUGGCUAUGGUCGACUUGUUGGUAGAAAAUGGAGCUAAUAUAGCGGCUGUCACACGCGACGGUUUGACGCCUCUACACUGCGCGGCACGAUCUGGACACAGCAAUGUUGUGUCCCGUCUGCUGCAGCAUCAGGCACCUAUCACCAGUAAAACAAAGAAUGGACUGACCCCUCUCCACAUGUCCGUCCAAGGCGAACACGUGGAGACGGCCAAGGUUCUACUCUCGGAGGGUGCUCCCAUCGAUGACGUCACUGUUGAUUACCUCACAGCGUUGCACGUCGCGGCACACUGUGGGCAUGUCAAGGUAGCAAAAUUACUAUUGGACAGAAAUGCGGACGCGAACGCUCGAGCAUUAAACGGAUUCACGCCCCUCCACAUCGCGUGCAAAAAGAAUAGACUGAAAGUGGUCGAACUGCUACUAAAGUAUGGUGCUAGUAAAUCAGCAACGACAGAAUCCGGACUGACUCCAUUACACGUCGCAUCGUUCAUGGGAUGCAUGAACAUAGCUCUCGUGUUAUUGGGCGCCGGUGCCGAAGCUGAUGCGGCUACCGCGCGCGGGGAAACCCCCCUGCAUCUGGCUGCACGUGCACACCAAACAGACCUUGUACGAGUAUUGCUCAGGAAUAAUGCCAAGGUGGACGCCCGAGCUCGUGAGGAACAGACUCCGUUGCACGUGGCGGCACGGCUGGGGCACGGUGACGUGGCGGCUUUAUUACUGCAACACGGAGCUGAUGCCAGUGCCGCUACCAAGGACCGAUACACGCCCCUACAUAUCGCCGCUAAAGAAGGCAAAGAAGAGGUAGCGUCCAUAUUGCUAGAGCACGAGGCGCCGAUAGAGGCGGAGACCCGUAAGGGCUUCACCCCGCUGCACCUGGCGGCCAAGUACGGCGACAUGGGCGUGGCGCGGCUGCUGCUGUCGCGGGGGGCGCAGCCCGACGCGCCCGGCAAGAGUCACAUCACGCCGCUGCACAUGGCCACCUACUACGGACACCCGGACAUAGCGCUGCUCUUACUCGAUAAAGGUGCGUCUCCGCAUUCGCUGGCUAAGAACGGUCAUUCAGCACUGCACAUCGCGUGUCGUCACAACCAUCCGGAUAUUGGCUUCGCCCUACUGGAACACGAUGCUGAUCCUGGGGUCAAGUCGAAAGCAGGUUUCACUCCCCUGCACAUGGCCGCGCAGGAGGGUCAUGAAGACUGCGUCGAAAUGCUCAUCGAACGAGGUGCUGAUGUCAAUGUGCCCGCAAACAACGGUUUGACACCGGUACACUUAGCUGCAUCGGAGGGUCGCACUGCGGUGUUGAAGAGUUUGCUCGGUGCCGGUGGGCAUUGUAACGCUCGUACACGUGACGGAUACACGCCGCUGCACGCGGCCGCACAUCACGGGCAUCACGCCGCCGCCCGCGCGCUCAUCGAAGCCGGCGCCGACGUCACAGCCAGGGCCGCGCACGGAUUUACUCCGUUACAUCAAGCAGCCCAACAAGGACACACACUGAUAAUUCAACUGCUUCUGAAGAACAAUGCUGAUCCGAACGCUCUAUCUGCGACCGGACAGACAGCUUGUGCGAUCGCUGAUCGUCUUGGCUACAUCAGUGCAGUUGAAGCAUUGCGUCCUGUCACAGAAAAUACCCUCAGUCAAGCCGUUGGUGAUACAGGUGGUCUGGAAGGCAAAUACCGCGUGGCGGCGCCGGAACUGAUGCAAGACACAUUCAUGAGUGACUCGGAGGACGAAGGAGGAGAAGUGGAGUGUCCUAUACAACAGCAGCAGCAGUACAGAUACAUGAACAGUGAAGCGGGCACGCUACACCGGGCCAAGCCGCUCGAAGACAGCGUCACAGAUGGCCACCUGUGGCCCAGCAAUAAUGACAAGAAGGUGGCCACUAUCGACAGGCAACCGGUCGACAUCGGGUUCCUGGUGUCCUUCGUGGUGGACGCUCGUGGAGGCGCCAUGAAAGCGAAGCGGCGCGGUGGCGUCCGCAUCAUAGUACCGCCCGCCGCAUGCGCAGCACCCACCAGAGUCACAUGCCGGGCUGCCACAAGACGAGCACCCGCCGCGGCACCGCCACCCCUAAUGGAGGGCGAAGCGCUUGCAUCGAGACUAUUGGAGCUUCAACCGCAAGGCGCCAAGUUUUUGGCUCCUGUGAUCAUCGAAGUACCCAUCUUCACGUCGUCUUGCCCUGAACGCGAGAUCGUUAUAUUGCGUUCGGACACCGGCGAGACAUGGCAGGACCAUUAUCUCCACAACAAUGACAACCCUAUGAUCCAGGAGGCGUUGCAACGCGAACGUCAGGAUCACGGCACCUCUGGUGAAUCUCUCGGCGAGAGUGGCGAGCGAGUGACGCGCAUAGUGACGUGCGACUUCCCACACUACCUCGCGGUCGUGUCGCGAGUCCGCCAGGAGGUACACAUCAUAGGACCAGAGGGCGGCACUAUCUCCAGCGCUCAUAUACCGCAGGUGCAAGCGCAAUUCCCACCUCAGGCGCUAACGAAACGCAUCCGGGUGGGUCUGCAAGCGCACGGUGCGUCGUCCGAUCUGUGCCGGCGCGUGUUGCCGCGUCACGCCGCCGUGUCGCCCGUCAUCACGGUGGAGCCGAGGCGGCGGAAGUUCCAUCGCAGUAUCACGCUAACCGCCCCGCUGCCGAUGCUCCAGAAUGGUCAACAUGACAAACAAGGUGCAACUCUCCGGUUGCUAUGUUCGAUAAUGGGCGGUCAAGCUCGCGCCGUAUGGGAAGAUGUCACCGGUUCUACACCACUCACACUCGCUGGAGACUGUGCCUCUUUCACUACCACCGUCUCUGCCAGAUUCUGGUUGAUGAAUUGUCAGAAUGUUAGCGACGCAACCAAGUUGGCUACAGAGCUGUACAGGGAUAUGUUAUUGGUGCCAUUUGAGGUACGCAUCGUAGUGUUGGGAAAACGAUUGGACGCUUUGGAAGGACGCCUACUUGUGCUCUACAUCACAGACAGAUAUGCUUACGAUACACUCUUGCAACAGGAGCAUUACACAGAAGUGGCCCAUUCGACGUCGGUCAGAUUCCUGGACGGACGUGAUGUGUAUUUGGAAUUUUCCGGUAAUCUUGUGCCGGUCACCAAGUCGGGUAGCCAACCGAUGCUCUCCUUCGAGGCAUUCAAAGAUAAUCGGGUCGAGUUCACGGUCAGAGUGAAACAUCACGAGGAAACUCCUUCGGGAAGAAUUUACUUCAUGAAUGAACCUAAGGUGGGUAAAGGCGAGCAGUCUCAGACGCCGGCGUGCGUUCUCGACGUAGAACUACCCGAUCGUAUCGCACCGCGCGCCGGCAAGAGUCAGAUAGACUAUCUCAACUUGGACCAAUCCGGAUUCGACGCGUUGAAAGACGAGUUAAGCUUCCACUGGGGUGACCACAAUAACAGCGUGGGACCAGCAAGCCUCACUGACCACAACGACAAACGUAUCAACGGACACGAUAAGAUAAUAUCAAAUGGAGAUGUGAAAUACUCUGAUAUCAAGGAUAAAUCUGAUAAAGAUUCAAAACCGCAUGUAAAUGGAGAUACAUUACACGUAGAUUCAAACAAAGUCAAGGCGACAUUCGACUCAGAUGAGGACAAAACACCGAUGAACACUCUAGAGAAAGGAAAGAAGAAGUCUGAUAGCGGCUUCCUCGGCGGAUUAACCGACAAAGUAAAAAACGUCUUCAAACACGAAGACAGCGACGAGAAAGAAUCCUCGCCUAAACCCCAACCGAAACCGAGAGAUUCAAAAGAAAAGAGUCCACCCAAACCCGCGCCUAGAAUCAUUAACGAAGAACUCCUUGGCAAAGUAGAUGAUAUGUUCAAAGAUCUUAAAACGAAACCGCAUCAAAUAGAUGACGAUGAAGUUCAAGAACGAGUGUACGCCACUAAACUUGUUGUAGAAGAAGGGGACAGACCUUUGAGUGAAAUCACUGAAGAACUUUACGACCAAUACGCUCACAUGCAACCGGUAGAAACGCCACUUCGCAAUAAAAUCGAUGAUCCUUUCCAAUACCCCAAAUGCUGCGACGGAAAGAAAUAUAAACAUAAGCACGAUGAGACAUCUAAUAUUGUGGAUAUUAUAGAACAAGCUGAGUUCGCACACCAUGAGAAAUUGAAUGAAGCCGGUGAUAGGAUAUCGAGUGACUUACGUGAAGGAUUAACCAAGAUUGAAGAAGAGAAAAGCAAUGUUAAUAAAAAUGUCAAUGAUAUAAAAGAUGAUUUAGCAGAUUUUGGUAAUAAACUAAAAGGUGAAUUAAUAAUCACAGAGAAUGACAUCAAAUCAGGGAUCGUAAACGAUGCUGAAAGUAAAACCAAUGACAAGUUGGAUGAGUUCUCGAAAACUCUACACAGCGCACAUGAUGAUAUUAGUGCUAAAGCGACAGAAAUUCAGACUAAUGUUGCAACAAAUUUUGAUGAUAUCAAGUCUUCCUCUAAAGAUAUUUUUGAUACAGUAGGUAACACAGUUCAAGUAAGCAAAGAAGAGUUGAAGAGCAAAGCAAAUAUCAUGGAUUUCGCUGCUAGAGAACGAGCUGAACAACUAUAUCUUGAAGGGCACGAUGUUGAAGCAGCUGUCAAGAGCAAGGUAGAUGAUGUGAAACAAAAUACUCAAGAAAUCGGUUAUGAUAUAAAAAACAAAACGAAUAAUAUUGUUGAGUCAAUUGCUACUUCCAUUAAUAAUAUUCAAGAAAAAGUAGAUAAGAAAGCUGACGAUUUGAAGACUGACGUGAAAGAAACUGCUGAAAAUAUAAAAGAUGUUACAAAUGAAAAAGUAAAUGAACUUAACGAAUCAAUAGAAAAUACCAAGAAAAAAUCAAAAAAAGAGGCUAAGAAGAAAGCUAAAGAAGGUAAAAACUUCUUCACUGGACUUGUAAGCAAUAUUUUCGGUGAAAAGGACAAAAUCGAAGAAGAUGUCAAGGCCAAAAUCAAUAAGGGCAAAGACGUCACGAAUGACCUACUUGAUGAAGUAUCAUCCAAAAAGAAUGAGAUUGAGGAAGAUGUUGCCAAAAAGCAAGCUGAAAUUGAACAAAGCGCUGAAGACUUAGCCCGUAGUGUGCAUAACGAAAAAGAAAAGGCUGAAAUGGCAGUACAAGAAAGUAUCUCCAAGAAAGAAGCGGACUUAAAACAAAGUGCUGAUAAUUUUGUACAGAAUGUCAAAGAUAAAAAGGACAAAGUUGAACACUCUUUGAGUGAAAAGGUAAAUGAAAUCAAACAAACCGUUGAUAGUAAGACGGAUGAAGUAAAGCACGCCAUUGAAGAUAAAAAACAAAAUAUAGAAAACACUAUUAUAGAUAAAAAAGAAGAAAUAUCAAAGACCGUCCAAGACAAAGCAGAUGAAGCGCAAAAAGAACUUCAAAACAAAAAAGAUUUGGUAGUCAACUUUAUAGAAACUGAAAAAGAAUCUGUAUUGGAUAAGAUAAGCGAGUCUAAACAAGCCUUUGUUGACAAAAAGAACGAAGUAGAAAACGCAGUUGUAAACAAAAAAGAUGAAAUUAGCGCUGCCGUCAGUGAUAAAACUAAUGAAGCAAUGAGGGCUGUUGAAGAUAAGAAAUCAGACGUAGAGAACACACUUCAUAGUACAAAGGACACUGUAACUAGCUUUGUUCAUGACAAAGCUGGGGAGGCGCAAGACAUUAUUCAAGAUACAAAGGAUUCGAUUCAAAAUUUCGUACACAAUAAACAAGAUGAAUUUAACAGCACAAUACAUGACACAAAAGAACAAGUAACAGAUUUUGUCCAAAGUAAAACGGAUGAAGCCGGAAAAGCUAUAAAUGACACAAAAGAUAGUUUAGUAAGUUCAUUCCAUGACAAAACAGAUGAAGCGAAAAAUGCUGUUAAAAACAAGAAGGAUGAAAUCGAGAAUACAGUUUUGAGUAAAAAAGAAGAAGUUCAAAAUAAGAUUUCAAACAAAACAAAUGAGGUUCAAAAUGCUGCCGCGACAGAAUUAGAUAGGAUACGGCAAGAGGCUGUACUCACGACAGAACAAAUCAAACAGUCGGCAGAAGAUGCUCUAAACGCUGCUUCAGAUAAAAAAUCAGAAAUCCAAUCAAGUGUUGCAAAUAAAAUAGGAGACUUAAAGCAAGCCACAGAUGAAACUUUAAGUGCUGCUGCAAACAAAACCGCAGAAAUACAAUCUGACAUCAGCGGGAAAGCCGAUAACGUCAAAGCUGCAACUAAGGAACAUGUGGACAACCUUCAAAAAGCUGCAAGUGAAAAAGGCGGUGACCUACAACGGUCAGCGCAGCAGACGUUCGAUCACCUUCAAGAUUCGACCUUGAGUUCUUUCGAUAAGAUCGAAAGUUCAGCUAAGGACAAAGUGAGCGACGCGAAGGAUACAUGGGAAGAUUUGCAAAGUUCCACGCGGGAUACUUACGCGGAUUUUAAGGAUGACGUCCACAGUUUAGGAAGUUCAGCUCAAGAUACCCUACACAGUUUCCAAAGCUCAGCGGGCAACACUUUUGAUAGCUUAGACGAUUCUGCUAGAGAAUUCGUUGGUGGCGUUCAUAAUUCAGCUUCCGAAGUUGCCGAUUAUAGUAAUGACGUAUUCGGUCGUGCCAAGGAUUCCUUUGAGGGUUUCCAAGUUUCCGCUAACAAUAAACUUGAAGAUGUCAAGGGUGCGACUAAAGAUAAGUUAGAUGAGGCCGGUAGUAGAUUGGGUGAAGCCGCAGAGGAAGUCGAUAAAAAUAUUAAGGAAACAGAACAGACUAUCACCGACUCAAUACAAAACGAAGCUGACAAAUUUACUAGCAACCUCAAUGAUUUGGGCAACUCUGUCUUCGGAACUUCUGGGAAAGGAUUCAUGAAGGAUUCCAGCACCAAAUUAUUGGAGUCAGAGAAAUCACAGUCUUCACCGUCACCUCACAAAAAGGGCUCCGGGAUACCAAAACUGAAGAAGAAGAAGAAGUAAAAGCCGAACGAAAUCUCAACUUCGACCGAUGUAUGAUAGUAGAUUUUAUAUUAGUUUUUAAUUAUUUAUUUUUGUUAUUGCAUAGUACAUACGAGAAAUCAGUUUCAUAAAUUUGGAACGUCCUAAUAUUGAACAAAUGUAAUUUAUUUCAUUGUGAUAAGAAAUAGUAUAACAUCAUAUUGACAAUUCAAGUUUAACUGGUAUGUACUAUGAUUUUAAACAAUGGUGAAAAACGAUUGGUUUUUAAAAAGAAAUGUGACAAUUCUUUCGUUUUCACAGUCAGCAGAUGACGCUAGUGUUGUCGACUUAAAAAUAUACGCUUUUGAAAACUUAAUUGAUCAUCAUCAAAUCAUCGAUGGUUGAGAGUGAAAUAUUCUCAUUUCAGUCCUAAAGCUUUAAAUCAGCGCCAUCUACUGACUGACUUAUCAUUAUAUUCCACCUUAAAUUUAAUUCCAUGAACGAUUCUCAAAGUUGAUUACAAGUAAUAAAAUUUUUAUAUAUUUCGAUAAUAUAAUCAUACAAUCGUUUUGAAAUCAUUGUAUGUGUAUUGUAAAUGUGGAAACUAUAUUAGAAACUUUCAAUCUAUGUUAGAUGUGACGAGAUUUUUUUAUAUUUUCGAUAAUGUUUAGUCAGAUCCCUAUAAUUAAGAAUACUAGGUACAUAAGUAUUCGUUUACGUGAAAAAUUUUAAUGAACGACUAAAGAUAACUGAUUUCAAAGAAAUCUGUCGUUUAUAAUAUAUGUUGUAUAAUUUAUUAACUUCGACAAUCGAAUAAAAUUUUCAAUAAUGUUUUUUAUUUAUAAAAGAUAAUAUAUUUUAUACUUUAUAAUGUCUGUAGUUCUUGCCCUUUAACUGAUAUUAUUGUGUUUGAAAUCAAGUAAUUAUUAUAUAGAAAAAUUACAUUACCUGAAAUCAUUUUUAUUACAAUUUUUAUAACACAUUUAUAGUGCAUUUUAUAUUUUACACAAUUUUAAAUAUUGUUUUUUGUAGGUGCCACUGUAAAUGUUUAUGUUGCUUAAUUUAUUUUAUUUUAAAUAUGUUUUCUUUAUAAAGUUUACAUUGCUUUGUACAGAUUAAAAUAAUUAUUUUUGCUUUAAGAGAAAAAUGUUAAUAUGCAUGUUGUAAUGCGCUUCAUUUCAUGUAAAUCCGUUAUUUAUAUAUCGUUCAGUAGUGCCAACUACUAGAACUAAAUAGAUCUGCUAGUAUUUAUUUUUUUGAAGCUGUUAUAGACACUAUUUGGUACAUAAUUGAAAGACAACAUUUCAAAAAUAGUGUCUGUAAUGCUGCUUAUGUCACAAAGCGACUUUAUUGUAUUUAUUAUGAUGUUAAAGUAUAAAUA